AUGGCCGAACCAACUUACAUCGAGCGACUAACGCCGCUAGAUCUGCUCAUGCCCAAAACCUAUAUCCGGGUUCUUUUUGUUUUCGAACAGGCUGGUUCAAUACUACAAAUUAUUCAAAAUCUCGGAUCCGGUCUUGAUAGACUUUUGAAACAAGUUCCUUGGCUAUCCGGGCGGGUCUUUUCAACCAAAUCAGUCCAAGAUAGAGAUGCUUCUCUCGAAAUUCGACGGAAUGCGAAUCAUGCGCCAACCAUCGUCGAUAAAGGGACUGUGGCGGCGUCAUACAAAUGCGCAGCCUCUGAUGGAGUGUUCACAAAAGCGAUUCCAUCAAGCGUGUGGCCGGGCCCAAGCAUUGACGAUGUGUUGGGGGUUCCUGUUUUCGCUGCAAGUAUAUUUCGCUUCGCUGAUCAAGGUGCAGGCUUGUGUGUCUGUUUACACCACAAUGCUGUCGACGGUAUUGGAUUCUCGGAAAUCAUGCGACUGUGGGCUCAAAACGUAGUCGACAAUAGUUUCACCUUCUCAGAUUCGUCACAAACUAGAUCGGAGCGUCUUUCGGAAGCGCUCUCGUAUGAUCUCACACGCGUUUCCUCUAUCGCAUCCGAAGAUUUACUCGCGUUGCACCCGGAGUACUCCAAAAUGCCACCCGCUCUACCAGAUAAAAUGCCCUCCUCAUGUACAGCCAAGUUAUUCACGAUCUCGAUACGCUGGGUUGAUAUUCUGAAAACUCUCAUGCGUAAAUAUACGUUAAUACCACCGACCACGAAUGUGGUGAUAUGCGCACUUAUCUGGCCCACGGUCACUCGGGUCCGAAUGCAAGACAAUCCAUCCCUUAGAAUUGAGAUGAGUCGAUUAGCAAUGGCAGUCAAUGGUCGACCACGUAUUAGCGAGACCUUUUCUCGUCCUGGAUCUCCGUAUUUUGGAAAUGCAGUGUUUUACUCCCUGUCCAAAAUGCCAGCUACGGUCUUGGCUGAAUCCGAUGAAACUCCUGUACGUGAGCUGGCUAAAAUCUGCGAUGAAAUUGCACGAUCACAAUCACGUUCCACGAUUACAUCGCGUCACAUCGCAGAGGUCUACCAGCUGGCAAGUUGCACAGAGGAUCGUGUCGGUUCUCUUUUCGUGGGCUGGGACCUCUUCGGAUCACGCGAUCUCACUAUUACAAACUGGGCGGACCUUGAGCUAUAUGGGAUAGACUUCGGCAAUGUGCUUGGGAAACCAAAGUUCGUGAGGCUGCCUCACAUGGAAGCAGACGGGGUGGCUCUUAUUCUGCCACGCCAACGGUCUAUAUCUCCAGAAAUACUUGAAGUAAUGAUCAUGUUGCGUAGAGACCAUCUAGAUGCGCUGGAAAGUGAUCCAAUGUGGCAGAUGUUAACAAGUAGGUAG